UCGUUCGGAGACGGGCAGUUGUCACUAGCAAGACUCCGUGAAGGUACAUCUCCGCCUCUGUUCGCGUUUUCACCGCAGAUUCCCAUAACUCUUCUCUGAUUUGCGACCCCAAGUGGAAAUUGGUGCGAUGAAAAAACUCAACGUUGAGGUGCAGAAGUGAAUUGAGGAGUGAACUCGGUCGAUUUUCGAUCGCCAAGUGGAUCGCAGCCCGUGGAGUAACAAGCAUUUGCAACUAAAUAUAAACUGCCUGCCAAGUGAAAAAUCAAUUUUGUGAUGACGAAUAACUCGUGCGAUUCAAGCCUGCAAAUCGCAUCAGUUCGAUCGAAUUCUAAGUCCGGUUUUCUUAUCUACGCUCCGUGCGGUGUCUUGCAAGCUAAGCUGCCCGACUGAGGAUUGCAACUUGCCCAAUAUCUUCGCAUCCAGCUGUGAACAGAAAACCAACAACGUAAAGGAAAAUCACAAAAUGGAGGAAGACACCGAAUACAAGAAACUUCCCGUUGAGGAUCGUUGUGUUCAUAAACUAUGGAAGGCUCGUGUUGAUGGCUACGAAGAAGCCACGAAGAUUUUCCGUGAAGUCGACGAUGAAAAGUCGCCAGAAUGGAACAAAUUUGUCGGCCUCAUAAAAAAAUUUAUAGUUGAUACGAAUGCCAUGGCUCAAGAAAAGGGUUUGGAGGCAACAUUGAUAUUCGUUGAGAACUGUGCCAAUGCUGGAAAAACUGUCAGUGAUGUUAUGUCUGGGAUCGUGCAAAAAUGCAUAGCAGCUCCGAAAACAAAAACGAAAGAUCUGGCGGUACAAGUUACAUUGAUGUAUGUUGAAAUCGAAAAGCAGGAAGCUGUCCUGGAGGAAUUGAUCAAGGGAAUGGAGCACAAAAAUCCUAAAAUUGUGGCAGCGUGUGUAGCAGCUGUUACAUUAGCUCUGAAAGAGUUUGGCAGUAAAGUAAUUUCUGUCAAACCGUUGAUUAAAAAGCUGGCACCCUUGAUGAGCGAUCGAGACAAAACUGUCAGAGAAGAGGGAAAACAGUUGGCUAUUGAAAUUUACAAGUGGAUAGGUCCAGCCAUGAAGCCUCAAAUCGCCUCCCUGCCACAAGUUACGCUUACAGAAUUGGAGAACGAAUUUGACAAGCUUAAAGGAGAGAAAGCCGAGCCAACUAGAUGGUUAAAAUCGCAACAGGAAAAACAACAAGUGCUGGCGAAUGCGGCUGUUGAAGAUGGAGGUGACGGAGAUGAUGACGAGGGUGGUGAAGCCGAAGAAAUCGACCCAAUGGAUCUUCUUGAUCCUGUCGAUAUUCUUUCAAAAUUGCCCAAGGAUUUCUACGAGAAAUUAGAAGCUAAAAAAUGGCAAGAGCGAAAAGAAUCUCUCGAAGCUUUAGAAAAACUACUUGAAAAUCCAAAAUUAGAAAGUGGCGACUAUGGCGAUGUAGUUAGGGCAUUGAAAAAGGUUUUAACUAAGGAUUCGAAUGUUAUGUUGGUUGCAAUGUCAGGAAAAUGUAUGGCAUCGCUUGCCAAAGGCUUAGGCAAACGUUUCCAAACAUACGCCACAGCGUGCAUACCAGCUAUUUUGGAGAAAUUCAAAGAGAAGAAAACAAAUGUUGUAAGUGCAUUGCGCGAUGCCAUUGACGCUAUUUACCCUUCAACAACUUUGGAAGCAUUCCAAGAGGAUUUGCUUGAAGCCUUAGGUAAUAAGAAUCCAAGCGUAAAAGCGGAAACCGCGUCGUUUCUAGCACGCGCUUUUACGAAAACGCAACCAACGGCUUUAAAUAAGAAAUUGUUGAAGCCAAUAGUAACGGCGCUGCUGAAAACACUGAACGAAUCAGAUCCUACUGUGCGUGAUAGUUCAGCAGAAGCGUUAGGAACUCUGCUGAAACUUAUGGGCGAGAAGGUAGUUGGACCGUAUUUAGUCGAUGUAGAUGCUUUGAAGAUGGCGAAAAUUAAGGAAUGUCAAGAGCGAGCUGUGAUAGUCGUAAAAAUUGCAGGAGCUAAAAAGGAUCGACCGGUAACCGCGCCACCUAAGUCAGCCCCAGCACAAGCUGCAGCGGCACCAAAAGGUGGUUCCGUGGAGCCAAAACCAGUUACACGCCCUGCAACUGCGGCUGCUGGUGGCCGUAAGCCAGUCGCAAAAAAAGCAGCGCCUGGCGGUGGGGGACUUGCCAAAUCUGCAAGCACUACAAAAGUUGGUAGUUUUGAGCGUGAAUUAACGCCCGAAGAAGUCUCGGCACGAGCAGAAGAAAUUUUGUCUGCUGAAAUCCUGUCGGGAUUGAGUGAUGUUAAUUGGAAGACACGAUUGUCGUCGGUGGAAAGUUUCUUGAAUUAUGUGAAUGAAUUGGAUCCAAAAUGUGGACUAGCCCAAAUUUUAGUUCGUACUUUGAGUAGUCGAAAACCAGGAUUAAAGGACACUAAUUUUCAAGUAUUAAAAGUGAAACUUGAUAUCGUGCGAAUAAUUGCUGAAAGAUUAAAUUUCACAUUGACAACAGCCGAUUUUGCCAUAAACGAUGUUACUGAAAAAUUAGCAGAUCCCAAAAAUGGCGGAGUAGCGGCUCAAGUUCUAACAGCCAUGGCUGAAGCUACAAAACUUGAAAAUAUUGUUUCUAAAGUUUUAAGUUUUGCUUUCGAACAGAAAUCGCCAAAAGUACAAUCCGAGUCUUUGAACUGGGUGAACCAAGCAAUCAGGGAGUUCGGCUUUCAGAUCAAUCCUAAAGUGUUGAUUGAAGAUGUGAAGAAAGGCGUUCAAAGCACAAAUCCAACUGUGAGGGGCUCUGCAAUCACAUUGCUUGGAACAAUGAGUAUGCAUAUGGGCAAUAAUCUGAUGAUGUUCUUCGACAGUGAAAAGCCUGCGCUGAAGCAACAAAUUCAGGCUGAAUUUGAUAAGAACGCAGGUCAAAAGCCUCCGGCUCCAACGCGUGGUGUUAAAAAGACUGCUAGUAGUUCCUCGAUAAAUGAUGAUGAUGAUGGUGGAGGUGGCGAUGACGGUGCACAAGAAGCAAUGAAUAUUGCAGACCUUCUGCCACGAAUUGACAUUUCAUCCCAAAUUACGGAGUCACUUUUGGCGGAGAUUUCUGACAAAAACUGGAAAACUCGAAAUGAGGGUUUGACAAAGCUGCAAGGCAUUAUAACUGAAGCAAAACUGAUAAAACCUCCAAUUGGUGACCUACCACAAGCCCUUGCGCACAGGCUAGUCGAUAGUAAUGCGAAAAUUGCACAAACCGCAUUGGCAAUAUGCGAACAACUUGCAACCGCCAUGGGCCCCGCUUGUAAAACUCAUGUACGAACAUUAUUCCCAGGUUUCCUACAUGGUUUAGGUGAUAAUAAAGUAUUCAUUCGAGCUGCAAGCUUAUCUUGUAUCAAUACGUGGGGUGAGCAGUGUGGUUUCAAGGAAUUUUUCGAUGGCGAAAUGAUUGCUGACUCUCUAAAAACUGGAAGUCCAGCUCUCCGUACGGAAUUAUGGGGUUGGAUAGCGGAAAAACUCCCCGGGCUCCCAGUCAAGUCGAUACCAAAAGAAGAGUUGGUGUCAUUACUACCUCAUUUAUAUGCAAAUAUUUCGGAUCGUAACGCUGAUGUGCGCAAAAAUGCAAAUGAGGCUGUGCUAGGAAUUAUGAUCCACUUAAGCUAUGAGUCAAUGAUGAAAGCCCUAGACAAACAAAAACCGUCUUCGAAAAAAGAUAUUCAAGCUGCAUUAGACAAAGCUCGUCCAAAUCUCCCAGUGAAACCAUUGCCAAAAGGUAAACAACAGGCACCAAUAGAAGAGCCGAAACCCAACAAGGUAGUUUCUGGAAGGGCACAAAAGCAGGCGGCAACGAGCAGCAAAACAACUGAAAAGCCUACGUCAUCUCGCAAAAAGGAAGAAGAUGUCGAUACUUCGCCCCUUCUCGCUGUGAACAAUAUCAAAAAUCAAAGAUUAAUUGACGAGCAAAAAUUGCGUGUGCUUAAGUGGACAUUCACGACGCCACGCGAAGAAUUCAUUGAUUUAUUGCGUGAUCAAAUGACAACUGCAAAUGUUAAUAAAGGACUGAUGGCAAACAUGUUUCACGAUGAUUUCCGAUAUCAUUUGAAAGUGAUUGAGGCAUUAAUUGAAGAUUUGCCAAAUAAUAGUAAGGCGUUGAUUGCCAAUUUAGAUUUGAUUUUGAAAUGGAUUUCGUUGCGAUUCUACGAUACAAAUCCAUCGGUUUUGUUGAAAUCCUUGGACUAUUUAAAUAUGGUAUUUCAAGUGCUGGUGGAAAAUGAGUACAUCUUGGCGGAGAAUGAAGGGAGCUCAUUCAUUCCGCAUCUACUGAUAAAAAUUGGCGAUCCAAAAGAUGCAGUUCGCAACGGUGUACGAACCCUCAUUCGUCAGCUUUGUCUAGUGUAUCCUUUCACAAAGAUCUUCACUUACAUCAUGGAAGGUUUGAAAUCAAAAAAUGCACGACAACGGACAGAAUGUCUAGAUGAAUUGGGGUAUCUAAUAGAAACAUACGGACUAUCAGUAUGUCAGCCAACACAACAAGCAGCUCUCAAGGAAAUCGCUCGUCACAUAUCAGAUCGUGAUAAUUCAGUACGUAGUGCUGCACUGAAUUGUGUCGUUCAGGCAUAUUUCCUGGCUGGUGAUCGUGUCUAUAAACUAAUUGGCCAGUUGAGCGAAAAGGAUCUUUCAAUGUUAGAUGAGCGAAUAAAACGGGCUAAAAAGACGAAGAAGCCAACUCCUGUGGUGGAAGUAGCAAAGGCUACCACAACCACUGCUAAUAUUCCGACGGAGAAUAUUGAAAUUGAAGAUGCAGGAAUUGAUGAGCUGCCGGCGGAAGAUGGUGGAUCACCUGUUGUUACAAGCUCUCUAAAAACUUUGGAUGUCCAAAACUCUGUUGAGGUUAAAGAACAGGCAUCAAAUAAUACUUUUGUCAAUAAGACGGACUAUACUUUGAGGCGACAAGCGACCUUUGAUCAACCACAACCGCAAAUGUUCCAACCAAAAGCAUCCGGGCCGUUCCGUUUGGAUCCAGAAGUAAUGGCUAGCAUUGAGAAAGAUUGGGUACGAUCGGAUCAAAUGAAGGAUGUUCAAUAUCCGCAAGUCGAUCUAUCUUUCAUGAAUGCUCCGUUGAAAAUCGCUACGCGUGAUAAUGUUGGGUAUCCCAAGGAACGUUUAGAUGAAUUGAUUUCUCAUCCGCCAAAAAUUUCGAUACCUUCACAUUACAAUAAUAAUUUCACCAUGAGUCCACCUCAACCAGUGUCUAGUAUGUUGUAUACGAUGCGGCAGCCACCAGUAGUAAGCAGUACAUCGCCAAAUUUGGCUGACACACUGCCGAAGCUGGAUCCCAAUUUAGUGAAGAUUGUGCGUGCGGUCGGAAGUGCAGAUUCACUUACAUCUCGAGCAGCCAUUAAUGAACUGUCCGACAUCAUUGAUUCCCCUGAGAAACAAGCCGUUUUACGUGAUUAUGAGGAAAUGUUUAUUGAAAGUGUCAUAGCACAAUUUAAGAAUCUCUCACAAGUACCUAUCAAUGAAUCGCUUAUUAUGUACCAACCUUUGCUGUCCAUUACAUUUUCAUUCUUCAAUUCAAAAACCCUCGGAAAAUCCUUAAGCAUUCCAUCCCUCAAAAAUAUAAUGUCAGUGCUGCUUGGCUUAAUGGCUGAUCAAAAACUAUCGUCAGGCGAUGAUGGACAAUAUACAAAAGUCGUAAAUGGAAUCUGCUUGAAAAUUUUAGAUAAGACAAACUUUACAAAUUUGAACUGUGCUCUUAUACGUCUACUUAAAGAAACAUGUCCAGCAGCUGGUCUACCGAAAUUUACAGAUUUACUAAUGAAGUGUCUUUGGCGUAAUGUCAAAGUAAUGCCUGAACGUUCAAAUGAACUUGACUACGAUGCCGUCUUAUAUGAAGUGCAUGAGUUUAUGUUAGCCUUACCGAGUGCCUGGUGGCAGCAACGUCCAUCUGAUACACCCCUACGUACAGUAAAAACAAUUAUUCACAAUAUGGCGAAAAUUAAGGGCAGUUCGAUAUUGCAACAUUUGAAUAAGAUUCCAAAACAUUCUGAAUUACAUGCAUAUUUGAUUAGGAUACUCAAGAACCUACAGAAGGAUGCCAAUGGCGGACAAACAAGCGCUUCACCACAGAGGUCACUAUCAGCCAAGGAGCAAUCGAAGAAAAUGUCUAAUCAAACCCAGGAAGCUAUGUCGCAAAUUUUCAAACUCAUAUCGGACAAAGAGACAAGUAAACUGGGACUGGCCAAACUGUAUGAAUUUAAGGUACCUCCUGACGAUUGUCAAUUUAGAUAUGUGAAUAUACUUAAGCACUUAAUUGACGAGUACCAAACUCGAUUCCAGACGAAAAAUCCCGAAGUGGAAGUGUCACCGUUCUUAAAAGGUGCAAGCCCAAGUUUUCAAAAAUAUAUUGAAGAUGGACUAGCGGAAAUUGAACGGCAACGUUAUCAAGAAGCCGGUGGCGACAAUAAAUGUGAUUCGAAUCUGGUUUCAUCGACAACAACAAAAUCUGCUAACAAACAGGACGCUGAUUACUGGUUGGAGAAACUUAACAACUUGCGUGGAAAUCUGAGUCCAUCGCGUAACAAUGAUAUAAGAAAUAUGACAGAUAAUAAAAUCACUGACGAAAAUCUGAACUUGAAUCAAUUGCCACAGAAGAUGUCAAUGAUUCGAAAAGAUAAAGCUGAACUUUCACCUAAUCGCUUGGAACAUCUGCAACAAAAGUUAGCGCAAAUAAAACAGCAGAGGCAGUCCUAAUUUCACUUGCACUUAUUUCGCUUUAAAGGAAGCGGGAAGAUGGGGAAUUUGACUAUUGCAGGCACAAUCGUUUCUAUUUAUUCAGUUUGCGACAGUCGCUCCCCAAUUUCAACUUUAACUGUCUGUGUCUCGAGGUAUGAUCGUAUAUAAUCAAGCAAAAUCAGAGAGAAAGAAAGAGUUUAAGACGAAAUCGAUUGGAGCUCAUUUUAUUACAUUUUUGUUUUAAUUUAUGGAAACAAAGGGGAGUUGCACUUCUCACCUUGCAAUGAGGUCCGCUAGCGCGUUUAUGUGUGAUGUAGAGUGGCUCAGUUGUGAAGAUCAAACAUGUCACCUGAUCAUUUAUUUAGAUUUUCGUAUUGAAUUUAUUUCUGACGGUAGUUUGUCUUCUCCAAGGUUCAGUUAAUUAUUUAUUAAUUGUUAGAAAAAAACUUCAUAUAAAUUAAAUGUUAUACGUUCACGUGCAUAAGGAUGUUUACCUUGAAAUUAUUAUUAGUCUGCAUACACUUUUAUAUAACCAUUUUUUAUACAAGAUAUCAUAAAGUUUAUUUAAAAGUAUACGCUAAGGAGUUUUAUUUUAAUUUCGUUUGGGGCAUUUCAUUUCGACGCUAAACUGCAGCAGUUAGCUAUACUAUGAUUUCAUAAGCUUCUAUCUUUGGGUUUGUAUUUUGUUCUAUUGCUUAGUUAGUCAAUGCAAAGCAGUACAAAACUCACAUGCGAGAAAAUCAUCCGCUAGUAUUAUUCUAGGGUGUAAAGUUUAAAUUUCGAAUCUUCAAUUGACUUCAUAUUUCAUUCAAUAUACGUAUUUGAAUCCAUCACACAGUUCCUUCUUUGACUAUGAACUUGACAACGGGAAGAUUUCAAGUGGCCGAUAGUGGCUUGUAACAGAACUUUCAAUACAUUUAAGUAUUAAUCCACUGUUAUUUACAUGAUUUUUCGAAUAACUAAACAAAAGUGAAUACUCUUAAAGUAGUUUCUAGGUUAGUAUUUCAGUUAGUAUUGCGUACUGAGAAAGGAAGAUUUCUAAGAAUAAAAUGUUUCGACAAGAACUCUGCAAGGUUACUACGCGUACUGUAUGUAAACUAGAUUUAUGACAAAUAACUCGUAUAUAUAAUACCAAGUAACAAUAAAUGCAGGUAAAAGGGUAGUCAUAUAUUUUGUAUUUUAGAAGAUUGAAACUCGUUUUGAUUUAUAGAUUAAUACAAUUUUAGAGAUAAAAAAUAAACAGUAAAUAAACAA